AUGGGAAACUUAUUAUCACUCUUCAGAUCUUCAUAUUUCAAUCAAGACGAUUUUACAAUGACUGGUUUAGAAUCAUUCCCAUCCAAUGUAGUCAGCAAGAGUAUCGCCAACCAUGCCUAUCUAAUGAUAUAUACUUCAGCAUCAGACUCUGAUACAACAUUAGUUGGACACUUUGCCGUGGUUUUAGAUAUCAAUGGAGAGACCACCGAUACCGACAACCCCAAAGGUCUAAUGAUCCACAUGGUGCUAGUGGAGAAAGGAAUAUCUCAAAAUGUGUGCUGUGUAGCAAAUAGAUAUAACAAGCAACAACCAUCCUCUACCCUCAAUAGAGUAGUUCAUCUUGGAAAGGUAUCAAGAGAAAUGGAAAAUCCAUUUGAAUGGAGAGUUUGGGCAUUGAACGUCUUUUCGAGUUUCAUCAAGGACAAUUGCAAUGUUUGUGCACAAAGAUCAUAUAACAAUAGUAAUAAUAGUAAUAGUACAGUUGAUAAUAAUGAAUCAUUUGUUGUAAUAAAAGCAAAGAAUAAUGCUGAAAAUAAAGAAGUAAAGAUUACACAGAUAUUGAGUAGUAAUAGUAAUAGUAAUAGUAAUAAUAAUGAUAGUACUACUACAAUUGCAUCACCUUCACCUUCUUCAACUUCACCUAAUAUCAUUAGCAGUAGUACAGAAUUUCAACAAUUAUUAGAUGCCAUCAAAUUCGAUAGAAUCGACGCGCUCGAUCGUCUCAUUCAAAAGAAUCGUGAUCUUCUUGUGCAAACCGAUGACGUUGGUCGUACUCCACUCUACAUAGCGAUAGAGGAUCACUGUUCUCUAGAGAUAAAGAGCAUUCUAAUACAAUACUCUGAUAUAGAUAAACUUAAUACAUUGUUAACUAUCAAUAGUCCAACAACUGUUGUCAACAACAACAACAACAAUACAACACCUGCAGCUACAACAACACCAGCUACAGCAACAUCAACAACAACAACAACAGUAGUUAGUUUAGAAAGUUAUCAAUUCCCAGCAAGCCAAGAGAAUGUAUUACAUUGUGCUGUUAGAAACGGUGAUUCGGAGUUGGUUACAUUGCUACUGGCAAAGUCACCAGAUUUGAAAGAUUCGGUGGAUUCACUGAAGCGAUCUCCGGUGAUAUUAGCAGCGGCCAACGGAAGGAUGGAGUGUAUCCGACUGCUCAUUCUGAAUAGUGCCGAUGUCAACAAAGUCGAUUACAACAACAAGACAGCGCUGCACUUGGCCAUCGAUUUGAAUCACUCUGACAUUGCAAGUACCAUUGUAAACAACAACGGUGACCACACCGUUCUCUUUCAUUACCGUCCGCACCGCGCCCAAGUCAACGACAUCAUCGAGAUCGGUCACGGCAAGGAGAAUGUCAUGGAUAUCAUCCCGAAGCUCGACCGAUACGGCAGGAUCAUCGACAAUGAGAAUCCCAACCAAUUCGACGUACACGAGAGGAAGCGUGUCGAGUUGGAGUUGUCGCGUGCUCAGAAGUGGUGUAUCAUGAUGAAGCGAUGGCUACCCGAUGGCAAGCGACCGAGCAAAGUCAAGGAGAGAACUAUCAAGGGAAUACCAGACCGUGUUCGUUCGCAGGCUUGGCGACUGCUCUCACAGUCGGAUAUACAACUCCAGAAACAACCGAAACUCUUCAAAGACCUGAUAGAGACACCUUCCAAGUCGGAACAAUGUAUCUAUCUCGAUGUGAAUCGUGCGUCGCGUGACUACAUCUUCUUCCGUGAGAAAUAUGGAUAUGGUCAAGUGGCGUUGUUCGACGUUCUCAAAGCGUACUCACUCUUUGACCAAGACAUUGGAUACACACAAGGAAUGAGUUCAAUCGCUGCACUUCUUGUUAUGUAUUUACCAGAAGAAGAAGCAUUCUGGACAUUUGAAAGAUUGAUGAAUAAAGAGGAGUAUGCAAUGAGAAAUCUAUUCGUUCCAGGUUUGAUAAAGUUACACGAAAUGAUAUAUGUAUUUGAUAAUCUAAUAGCAAAGUAUUAUCCUGCACUUUCAAAUCAUCCAUUAAUAUUGAUAAUUGUUUAUUACAAACUACAGAAUGAAAUCAAUUUAGGAUCAGUGUUAUUCGCAACAAAAUGGUUUAUAACAGGAUUUUUAGAUUCAUUACCAUUUUAUUUGAUAUUGAGAAUUUGGGAUUUGAUAUUUAGUUUAGGUUUUAAUAUAGUAUAUUCAGUCGCUCUUACUUUACUUAGAAUUCUUGAGAAACAACUAGUUGGUAAAACAUUGGAAGAAUGUUUCAAUACUUUCCAACAUAUGUCGGAAAUGAAUAUCAAUGAUGAUUUGUUUGUUACCAAUGUCAUGAAUAGAAUAUACCAAAUGAAUAACCCAAUAGAACAAGCUCUGAAAUCAAAGAAAGAAUACUUGGAUGGUACACCAGAGGAUCGUAUCAAAAUGAUUGCCAAGGUGAAUGACUCACCAAAGUUGUUCACUCUCAACUACUUAGCAUCAAAAGGUUUGCCUUUCGAUGAAUUACUUUUAGAAGUGUUGACAGAACCAUCUAUUGAAAAAACAAAUAGUAAAAAGAAAAUGGAUAGAAAAGAUCUUAAAAGAAAAAGUACAUCUUCAAAACUUAGAUCUCAUUCAGAUGAGAAACACCAAAUAGAAAAGAAACAAAAGUCAAACCAUGAUGAAGAGAUUGUCGAUAAUGUGACAGAGAUAUCUGCUACGUUAAAUCAUGGAGAAAGUCAAGGAGUUUCCGAAUAUCAGAGUGAAUCCAAUGGUAUCGCUCUUGAAACUCCUGAGGAGUACAAACUAUCUGGAAUAACUAAAGUAAAGAAUCGUGCUGAACCAACCUAUGAUAUACUACCGAAAACACUGAGAUACAUGGAUAUUGAUAAUUGGAGUAUCAAUGCGGGAUUGGCAAUGGUGAAACUACUUACUCCACGCUUCGAAGCUUUACUUAGAGAUAAAUCUGGAGAAAAGGACUUCAUUAUGAAGAUAAUGAAAACACAGGAUUUGGAAUGA